UCCUGCAGGAAUCAGGAUGGGGAGAAACCGCAAAGGCGCCGCCGGCCGGACGGGGCCCGAGCCGGAGCAGGCAACAGGCGGCUGGCCGUCUCUCCCCACCGACAUAGUCGGCCUCGUCACCGACCUCCUCCCCGACGUGACGGACUACAUCACCUUCCGCGCCGUCUGCUCCGGCUGGCGCGCCUCCACGCUCGCGCCGUCGCCGCGCGACCUGUGCGAUCCACGCUUCCGGCCGCACGGUUGGGUGGCGCUCUGCGACGGCGACGCGGUUCGGCCGGAUGACGCGGGCGAUAUCGUCAUGUUCCACACGCGCACCGCCCGGCGCCUCCGCGUCCCCCUGCCGGUGCUCCGGGGCUACAGGAUCGUCGGCAUGAGCGACGGCCUCCUCGUUCUCCUGCGCAAGCGCACCACCGUCGUCCGUGUGCUCCACCCCUUCACCCGCGCGAGCGUCUACUUCCCGUCCCUCGCCACCGUGUACCACCAGGAGGUCAAGGACAUGGAGUCUCUCCGUGACAUGAAGGCCGCAGUAUGCAGCAGCAGGACGAGCGCCAUGGCCGUCGUGGUCUGGUUCCCAUGGAGAUGUGUGGUGGUCGCCGCCGAGGCCGGCUCGAGCCAAUGGGAGGUCCUCCACCGCAUGCCUGUCCGGAACACCCUCCUCUUCCGAGGAAGGCUAUACGCCACCAGGUUGUGCUCAGACGAGAUCGUGCAGCUGUACCCUCCCAGACAAGCACCGCUCGAUAACGUGAUUGCUAGGCUGCCGAUAGCCAAGCUCUUUUGGCGCUUCGUCGACACCGUCCACCUCGUCGAGUCCGCCGGACAGAUGCUGCUCAUCGUUCGACGUGUCGUCACCCAAGAAUCACCAUCUGAGCCGCAACUAUUGGCCUUCACGAUCUACUCGGUGGACUUCGGCGACAACAAUGGCGGCCACCCAGAGCUGACACGGGUGACCAGCCUCGGCGACCGUGCCUUGUUCCUCACCAUGUACGACGGCUGCCUGUCCGUCUCGGCCAGGGACCUUCCUUCCCUGGGCAGCAACUCCAUCUACUUCUCCACGCGCUUCUUCUCUGUUCAGGUGGGCUCACUAGCGGCCGGCCAUUGGUGCAGGUCCGAGGAGUUGGCGGCACAGUGCCAGAUACACGACGGGGAAAAAAGGAUACGGUCGUCGGUGCGGCCCUUCACCAUUGCCAACCAUCUACUCACUUUCUGCCAUCCUAACAAGUGGACCAAAGGGCUAAUGUUCCACGAGUACCACUCCAUCCCCAAAUCGUUCAGAAAACUGCGGAAAAAGAUCAGCAAGAUGUCCCGGUUGCCGAUUCCUCUUAUAAGGCGCUCAAAGAAUGCGCCCCACUAGGAUUAGGAUUUAGAGUUUAGGGUUUACGCCUCAUCAUCUCUGGUAAGGUGGCAAAUAUACUUUGGGCACCGUAUUAUCGAAAGUCCAAAACCAUCAACUUGCUCGAUUUGUCUUAUCUCAGAGAAGGGCACACAUGGCAUAUGCACAUCAAAUCCGU